GGUAUUAUCACGGUUAUAUAAGCCGUGUGGACCGCUCCCACAGUCAGUGCCAACUUUUGACGAGCCAAGAACACAGUGAUCCGAUAAGAACCUUUUUGCAACAUGCUGGCCUGCAAGCUUCUACUCGCCCUGGUCAUGGGAAUGCACUGCAUUCAGCUGCUUAUGGCGGCCUGCGUGUGCUCCGAGAAGGGAACGGACUACUGCCAGAGCUGCCAGGGAUCGACGGUGAUCCGGCCGAAGCCCCGCUACUACGAGCCCAGCGAGGUGAACCUGCCGCCGAUCGGCGACAACUGCUGGUGCAGCAAGCAGCUGAUCGAGCCGGCCCAGCUGCCCAAGACCUGCGGCAAAACCACGCCGUGCAAGCCCACCUGUUCGUGCCAGCAGAUCAGCUCCGACAGCAGCUACGCCUCCUCAUCCAGCUCGGGAUCCGUCUACGGCAAAAUCGACUAUGCGGCGGAGAAGACGGCGGACAACAGUCCGGCAGCGGAUCCCAUCAGCGUGAGCCUGGCCGCCCAGGCCGGAAAGGCCAUCAAUGUGCCGGAGGCCAAGUUGGCCUACGGAUUUGCCCAGAAGCCCGUCGACGGCGAGAAGAAGGUGGUGUUCUCCAACGUGCCCGAGGAGAAUCUCUUCCAGCUGAAGAGCGACGUGAUCACGCUGAAGAAGCGCACCUAUGCGGCCAAGCAGGAGGACGAGGAGGAGUACGCCGAGGAGGAGCUGGAGCAGGAGCAGUCCGCCGACGAUGAGGAGGCGCCGCAACUCACCUACAAGCAGCUGGGCUACAUCACCGAGCAGUACAAGAACCCCAAGUUCCGCAAGAUCAGCAGCUCCCGUUCCCGUUCCAGCUCCAGCUAUGCGUACAAGGACUACAGCAAGGACUCCAGCGAGAGCAGCUACGGCAAAGUGGCCGGCAAGGUGUCCGUGGACUGUGGCUUCAAGCCCGGCCGGAUCACCUCGUACCGGAAGGCCAAACGCGAGGAGUCCGAGGACGGUUACUACUGAAUGCAACCCCCAUCCAAUUGCAAUCCUUUCGCUUGUAAAUAUGUACAGAUACGCCAAGGAGGGAAUGGAUGUUUGUCUAAGUUAGUCUUACAAAAUAUAUGUGUAUUAUUAUACAAAAUGCA